UAUGCGUUUGUUAUCUUGAGCCACAUGAGAAAGCUGUUCUGCUUCAGAGAGGAUGUUAAGAGUAAGGGACGCGCUUCGGAAAACGUUCAUUUUCUCCAAAAAUGUCAAAUCUGCGAAUAAUAUAAAAGAGCUUCAGGCCUGCAUCUCCACAGGGCCCCAGCAACAGCAUGGGACUUUCUAUGAGUUCCGUACGUACUACAUCAAGCCAGAGAAGACCAGCACCUUCCUCAAGCUGACUGAGGAGAACAUCAACUUUCGUACAGCGCACUCGGAGCUCGUGGGCUACUGGAGUGUGGAGUACGGGGGCCUCAACCAGGUCUUCCAGAUCUGGAAGUAUGACAGCUAUACACAGCGGGCAAACGUGCGGGCGGCCCUGGCAAAGGACCCCCAGUGGAUCGAGCAGUACGUCUCUAAGGUCCUGCCCAUGCUGACGUCUCAGGACAACGAGGUCACCUACCUGGUGCCCUGGAGCAAGAUUGAGAAACCCCCUAUGAAAGGUGUUUACGAGCUUGCAACCUUUCAAAUGAAGCCAGGGGGUCCGGCAGUGUGGGGGCAGGCCUUCCAGGCAGCCGUCAGCACUCACGCCAGGGCGAAGUACUCCCAUCUUGUGGGGGUCUUCCACAGCGAGUUCGGACUACUCAACCGAGUGCAUGUCCUGUGGUGGUACGAGAGUCCCGAUAAGCGGGCCUCAAUCCGGCACAUGGCUCACGGAGAUGCCAGGGUGGUGGCAGCAGUGAGAGAGAGUGUGACGUACCUGGAGCUCCAGAGAAACAAGCUCUUGCUGCCCACCCCCUUCUCCCCUCUCCAAUGAAUGGCCAGGUAAAAUGCAGCAACCCAAUGAACACUCAGCACCUUACCAUGUUUAAACCGACUACAGGAUCAUAUGAGGAAUAUGUGCUGUCUCUGUGAUUUCCUAUUGAGUUGACAGAUAAACCAAAUUCAGUGCUGAUUUAGCUCUUUGCAUUUGAGAUGACAUUUACCAGAUCAGGUUGUCAUUUAUGCCGUAAAGAUCAGUUGAACAUAAUAAAAUGCACUUUAUGGUAUUUAAAUCUAUUUAUAGAGUGUAACUUUUCAGGUGAAAUCACAGUUAAGCACUGGAACCCAUAUAAUUUUUCACAGAUUCACAAACAUUUGUUGGCUGCAUUUAUUACCGUUUAUCUCAGUAGAAGAUAAGCGUAGAUAGCAUGGUGAUCAACCCACACUUUCAUAGAACAAAGUUCAUUUACUCAUGCAGACUGCUGUGGACUGUAUGAAAGAAAACAUAUCUUUGUUCAGCUGUAAAGCAAAGAUAUUUCUCACUUCACCUAGUUGACCGAUAGUUGAACGAUAAUGAACCUAGUUUUCAGUGCCAAUCAUUGUGUGACAUGUGAAAUCGGGUUUAUUACUGGAAGCUGUACAUGCAUUUCCUGCUGUAACCAUGUGCAUCCAUCUGUAAAAUUGUGUUAAGCAUGAGCAUAGCUUGUGAACAUGAAUAUAGUAAGCACUGAUGCUGCAAUGUGACAUGAUAUUAAAACAGUGUUUAAAGUUUUAAAUUGUUGGAAAAAUUUAUUGACUACAUUAUUAAAAUGCUAAUGAUUAAAAUCAAAUCUAUUCAAUUGAUCAAUUCAAAUCAAGAUGAAACGUAGUGAUCUGAAUUUCCUAGUCCAGUUAUCUGAAUAGAAUCCUAUUUUUUCCUACUACUCUUCAUGACAACUGAGAAUUGUGUGUUCCAUUAACAGCUGCAGAUCAGCUUACUAUUGUCCCCUCUAUGUAAAAUACUGGUCUUUCCCCAUAUCUUGCCAUGUUCUGCAUCUGUCUGUUACAUGCCUUUAAUUCCUGAAAGGUAUUUAGCUUCACUGCACUUCCCCCCAACCCAAAUGAGCUGCACUGUGCUGGUGAACAAUACUCUAGAGCUAAGUGUAUAUGUUAGAGAUGGUGUUGGUCUGUUCAGCAUGUUCUUGUCAGUGUUUCAUCC